AGCUCGCUUUUGUUCGAUUCAGUCCGUUGACGUCACUCGUACUGUGCAGUUGUUCGCUCCGUUUUGUUUCGGUUGAUCUCCGCGCUCGCUCCGAUUCGUCUCGUCUCUCCGCCUCUGAUUGUGCGGGUGCGUUUUUAUUCGCUUUUUCGGUCAUCGGCGCAGGAAUCGACGACAUUCCGCACGGAAUUGCAAAACAGAAACACUAAACCGUGUGUGAAAAGUGCUUUCCACCGUACGGUGUGUUGGAUUUUUUCGGUGUGGAAAAUCAAUUGAUAAAGUGUUCGUUUCUGUAGUUCAGUGCGGUGGAUUCAAGAAAAUAGUUUCCCCGACGACAACCGUCCAUUUUUGUCUCCGCCUCUACGGCCUCCUUCCUGCGCUCGCUCCCAAAGGACUCGCAGCAGCGGGCGAUGGAGUUCUAUUUUAUCGACAGACUGUCAACGAAGAAUGUUUAGAAAGUGUUAGUGCCCUGGCAGGAAGUGGAGUUCGAUCAGGUUGUCCUCUUGCACAAUCUCUCGGAAUUUCUCGCUCUUGUGCUGAACGGCUGAACGCUGUGUUUUCUCCGGAGGAAAGGAUUAGGUACGGACCUGCCUGCUCUGCUACGGUCGACCCUUAAUCGUGGUGUGAAUCGUAAGUGUGGACCAUCCGGCGCCCGACUGGUGCGCUGACAGAAGCUGACCGUCGUCGUCGUCGAGAAGUGCGUUCCGUUCCGUGCGGUGUGCGGUAUUGUCAUGGAAGUUGCUCGAUUGCGUUCGAUAAAAAUUCAAUAUUAAAAGUCUCCUCCAGGUCCGUGCGCCGUGGCGGAGGAUCCCAAAAGAAGAAGCAUAUUGUCGGAAGAAGCAUCGAUUGCGUUGAGUUUGUGUGUGGUGUGCCUUUUCUCAGUGUGUGCAUUGCGAAAGGAAGCAAAGAAUAGAAAAGUAAAACGGUGUGUCUCCGCCGCGCAGUGCUUGGUGUUGGUGUUCGUUCGUGGAAGAAAGAAGCUCUGGCUGGUUGGCUCCGUUCGGGUGCCAAACAUAUAUUUCAAGUCGUCAAAGAAGAGCCUAGUUCGUCUGGAAAGAGAGCAAUCUCAAGGGUAAUUCCCUCCCUUCCUUGUUCAAGUGUGGUGCGACUACCUAGUGACGGAUAGUGCGUGAGUGUGUGAUCCGGGAUUUGGAUUGUCCGUGGUCCGGAACCAGUAUAAAGUGACCGUCUAGAUCGUCAUCCGCGUCGGAACGACUCCUCGCGGAUCUCAGCGCAACCACAAUAGACGACAGCGGCAGCAUUGAUAGCUGCAGUUGCAGUAACAGCAGCGGCGGCACCAUCGAGAUGAUGAAAAUGGAGACCGAUAAAAUUAUGGAGGAUACUACUACAACUAACAUCAGCAGCAGCCCACAGGUUGUCCUCUUGCACAAUCUCUCGGAAUUUCUCGCUCUUGUGCUAAACGGCUGAACACUGUGUUUUCUCCGGAAAGGAUUAGGUACGUGCCUGCUCUGCUUCGGUCGACCCUUAAUCGUGGUGUGAAUCGUAAGUGUGGACCAUCCGGCGCCCGACUGGUGCGCUGACAGAAGCUGAAAGUCGUCGUCGUCGAGAAGUGCGUUCCGUUCCGUGCGGUGUGCGGUAUUGCCAUGGAAGUUGCUCGAUUGCGUUCGAUAAAAAUUCAAUAUUAAAAGUCUCCGGGUCCGUGUGCCGUGGCGGAGGAUCCCAAAAGAAGAAGCAUAUUGUCGGAAGAAGCAUCGAUUGCGUUGCGUUUGUGUGUGGUGUCUUUUCUCAGUGUGUGAAUUGCGAAAGGAAGCAAAGAAUAGAAAAGUAAAACGGUGUGCCUCCGCCGCGCAGUGCUUGGUGUUGGUGUUCGUUCGUGGAAGAUAGAAGCUCUGGCUGGUUGGCUCCGUUCGGGUGCCAAACAUAUAUUUCAAGUCGUCAAAGAAGAGCCUAGGUCGUCUGGAAAGAGAGCAAUCUCAAGGGUGAUUCCCUUCCUCCCUUGUUCAAGUGUGGUGCGACUACCUAGUGACGGAUAGUGCGUGAGUGUGUGAUCCGGGAUUUGGAUUGUCCGUGGUCCGGAACCAGUAUAAAGUGACCGUCUAGAUCGUCAUCCGCGUCGGAACGACUCCUCGCGGAUCUCAGCGCAACCACAAUAGACGACAGCGGCAGCAUUGAUAGCUGCAGUUGCAGUAACAGCAGCGGCGGCACCAUCGAGAUGAUGAAAAUGGAGACCGAUAAAAUUAUGGAGGAUACUACUACAACUAACAUCAGCAGCAGCCCACAGUUCACCACCUCGAUACUGUACGAUCCGGCGCGGAAGAAAGAACCUUCGCAGUCAUUCCAGACCGAACGUGAUGCCUGUCUCUCCUAUUUCGCCAAAUGGAACGAAGCAGAUCAGGUGGACUUUGUCGAGCAGCUCCUGUCCCGCAUGUGCCAUUACCAGCACGGACACAUCAAUGCCUACCUGAAACCGAUGCUACAGCGGGACUUCAUCACACUAUUACCAACCAAGGGAUUGGACCACGUGGCCGAAAACAUCCUCUCCUACCUGGACGCCAAAUCCCUCUGCCGGGCGGAGCGCGUCUGCAAAGAAUGGUCCCGCGUCAUAUCGGAGGGCAUGCUAUGGAAGAAGCUAAUAGAGCGAAACGUCCGCACAGACUCCCUCUGGCGGGGCCUCGCAGAACGGAAAGGAUGGAUCAAAUACCUGUUCAUACCGCGACCGGGCGUGACACACCGGCCGCACAAGUUCUACCGCGAGCUGUUCCCCAAGAUCAUGAAGGACAUCGAAGCGAUCGAGACCAACUGGCGCACCGGGCACCACAACCUGCAGCGAAUAAACUGCCGAUCGGAGAACUCCAAGGGCGUGUACUGUUUGCAGUACGACGAUGACAAAAUCGUGUCCGGCCUGCGGGACAACACCAUCAAAAUCUGGGACCGCAACUCGCUGCAGUGCUGCAAGGUCAUCCUGACCGGGCACACCGGGUCGGUGCUGUGUCUGCAGUACGACGACAAAGUCAUCAUCAGCGGUUCCAGCGAUUCGACGGUCCGCGUGUGGGAUGUCAACACCGGCGACAUGGUGAACACCUUGAUACAUCACUGCGAGGCGGUGCUGCAUUUACGCUUCAACAAUGGCAUGAUGGUGACCUGCUCGAAGGAUCGCUCGAUUGCCGUGUGGGACAUGACCUCGCCGACGGAGAUCGCCCUGCGACGGGUGCUGGUUGGCCAUCGAGCGGCAGUCAACGUGGUGGACUUUGACGAAAAGUACAUCGUCUCGGCGUCCGGCGAUCGCACCAUCAAGGUGUGGAACACAUCGACGUGCGAGUUCGUGCGUACGCUGAAUGGCCACAAGCGGGGUAUUGCAUGCCUACAGUACCGGGAUCGACUGGUCGUGAGCGGUAGUUCAGACAAUUCUAUAAGACUUUGGGAUAUUGAGUGCGGUACCUGUUUGAGGAUUCUGGAAGGUCACGAGGAGCUCGUCCGCUGCAUCCGGUUCGACUCGAAGCGCAUCGUGAGCGGAGCGUACGACGGCAAAAUCAAAGUGUGGGAUCUCCAAGCUGCCUUAGACAUUCGAGCGCAAACCAACACACUGUGCUUGAAGACGCUAGUGGAGCACACGGGUCGCGUGUUCCGGCUUCAGUUCGACGAGUUCCAGAUCGUGAGCAGUUCCCACGACGAUACCAUUCUGAUAUGGGACUUCCUCAACUGUUCGCAGAAGGAGGAAACCACCACGCCCCAAACACUGGUCCAGGUGGGCCGAAGUCCAUCACGUGAGUAUUCCUCCUCUUCCGCUGCUGGGGGCCGCGCUCAGCCUCAGCAGGAGACUGACGACGACGAUGCGUAUUGAAUGUGUUUUUAGAAUUAGUAGCGGUAGAUCCCUAGUGAGAACAAGAAUCGAACGUUUAAAUAUUUUUAACAGUAGACAACUGAGAAAAUAUCCUCAAUUGAUUUUGAAAAUCCUAGAGAAAAUGCUUCUGAAAGUUCAAGCUAAACAGUUCCGACGAAAAAAGAUCUAAGCAAAGCACGUAUACCACAUCAAUGUAUUACUAUAUCAUGUAAUUAUUUUGCUUACGCUUCUAUUGUUUUCUUUUCUCGCCCCCUAAAAACACUGGCUCCCAUGGUGGACAUUCGGACGGAAUUUCGGUUUGAAUGGACUAUCUGUCUGUCCUUUUCGAAACAAUAGCCGAACUCACGUAAGGAUUACCGUUGAUUAGCCUCACUAGCCGCUCGUGUCUAUCACAAUAGGCUAUUGUUUGUGGUGAGGUGAAUGAUCGGAUAAGAUUGGAAGGUAGGAGGAGAGAAAAGAUGACAUACGAUGAGGCGUUCCAUGCUAGCGCUGAUUUUCAACCUAUUGAUAAUGAGAAAAGGGGGCUCCUUCUCCGCCACCAAUCGAUGCAUGUUUCUUUACGUUAUGUCUUCAUUGUGAUAGGUGAGGACUACUAGUAUGAUGUAUCUGGAUGUAAUUAAUGUUGGGCACUGGAGAGUAUGCAUGGAUGUUAAAAGAUAGGUAGCACAUUUCACAUUCAUUUCCAUAUUUUAGUUUUGGUUUCAUUUACUUCUCAAUCAACCUUUUGAACAUACCACAAACAGCAUAUUCGGUAUAAAUAAAAGUAAUAUGCAAUACCAGCUUUUAUAAGUUAUUUCUAGAGGUUGCUGCUGGUGACGUGGAGAUUCCGAUGCAGAUUCCGAAACUACCUGCAUCUGUAGGAAACAGAUGUUCGUUUAGGGAUUUGCUUAGAAAUCUAUUCAGAAUUCAUUCCGAAGUUCCUGUAGAGACUUUUCUCGGAAUUAUAUCAAGAAUUUAUCGAAGAAUCCUUUAACGAUUUCUUACAGAAUUUAUUCUCAUAUUCUGCCCCGAAAUUUUCCCGGAAUUCCUUCUUGAAUUUAACCCGGAAUUAUUCCUGCAGGUUUGUCCUGGCUUUCUCUCUGAAUUUCACCAGGAGUUCUACCUUCUGAGAUUCAGAGAUUUCCCGGAUUCUCUUUCAUGGUUCCUGGCGAGAUCUCUCACGGAGUUUCUUCUGGAUUUUCCUCUAGAAUUUCUCUUAGUUUAGAUUUUUUCCGGGAUUCCUUUCAGUGUUUCUUACUACCUCCCGGAAUUUCUCCUAAAUAUUUUUUUUUUAUUUUCGUGGGAUUUCUUCCAGAAGAUUUCUGCAAAAGUUUUUCCCGGGAUUUUCCUACGGCUUCUUGGAAGAUUUCCGCAGGACUUCCUUCCGAGACAUGUGCAGAAGUUUAUCCAAAAAUGUCUCCAGGAAUUUCACCCAGGAUCUCUUGCACAGUUCUUUUGGGUUCACUAGCAGAACUCCUCCCGAGAUUUAAUCCAUGCGUUUCUCCGGAAUCUCUCAUAAAUCAUCUCCCAGGAUUCCUGGAUGAUCAUCGUAAGGAAUUCUAGAUCCGAAAGAAAUCCUGAAUAAGCAACCAAGCAAAUUUUCUCCUAUUGUUACUGUUUAUAUUUCUCUUACGGGUUUUCACUGGAUGAAUCGGAAAAGUUUCUUUCAAACUUCUCGAUAAUUUCCUCUUAGGGUUACUCCUCGAAAAUUUCCUGUGAUGUGCCAGAGGUUUGCUUGGGAUUUUUACAGGAAUUUCUCUUGGGAUUUCCCUCGGGGUUCUUCACGGAACUUUUUUUCAAAGAUUUUCUCAACGUUCAUCACAGACUCCUCCCAAGAGUGUGUAUCGCAGUUCUUUCUGGAAUUUCUUCAAGUUCCUCUCGUAAAUCCUCAAGGAAUUCCUCGCAGGAUUCCUCAAGAAUUACUCCAUAAGUUCUUCGCUUGUUUGCAAGUAUCCUGAGUAAAAUUCUGGAGAAAAUUCUGGUAAAUAUUACAGAAGUAAUUUUGGGAAAUCUCCCGAAAGGAGCUCCGUGAGAAAUCUAGGAAAGAACCUCUAACGAUGUCUUACGAGGAAUUUCCAAAUAGUUCCAAAUAGAAAUAGUUCCAAUCAUAACUAUUUAAAAUAUCGUACGAUUCACUUCAAGAGGAAUCUCUAGACGAACUGCGGUAGAUUUCGGGAUGAACUCUGGAAGGACUCUUGAGAAAACAUUUAAGAGACAUUCCUGGUAGAUCACCGCAAGGAAUUCCAGAUCCGAGAAAAAUUCUGAAUUAGGAACCACUGUAGAACUCUUGGGAAAAAAUACUAGAAAAAUCCCAGGAAUGCAUUGGCAGAUAUCCCGGAAGAAACUCUGAUAGAAAACCCAGUAGUAUUCUGAAAUAACUUAUACAGAAAUCCCGAGAGGCGAUCCAAGAGAACCUCUGAGAAAUAUCCCGAGAAAAACUGCGGCGAAAUUUGCUAGAAAAAACAUUACAGAAAUUUGUUGAAGAAAUCACAGGAUGAACUCUUGGAAGAAAUCUCUAAAAGAAUUUCAAAAAUAUUUCCGGAAUUUGUGGACGAAUUUUUAUUUCCAGAUUAAUCAACUUCUACCAAAAUUUCGUCAGUCUUUCUGGCAUUACCAUCUUGCUGGAGACUUAUGAUUGGUCUAGGGAUUUAUCUAUCCAAUUCGAUCUGCUCUAAGGAUCUAAAUGGAUUCACCAGUUUCAUUAGCAAGAUUAUUCAAAUUCCUUUAGAAACUAGCUUGCUCAAUACAUAUUAUGUUGAAAAUUUCGCUACUUGAAAUCUGUGGGACCUAUCAUACGUUCGCCAUGUCAAUCAUGUUAAUGGGAGUUCCUGACAAGUCCUCACAUCCACUUGGAUGUUUUUUUUUCAAAGUUCCUCGCGUAAUUGCAGAUAUCCCAGGAGAAAUUCCAGAAUGGGUCCUGGAGAAAAUGCCAAGUGUAAUUUUGGGAAAACUCCAUGACUAAUCUUAGAAAGAAUUCCGAGCAUUGUCUUACGAGAAAGGAGUAAUCUCGGGUCAAACUAUCGGAAACAAUCCCAGAAGAAACUCCAAGAGAAAUCCCGGGACGAACUUCGGUAGAUUCCGGGAGAACUUCCAGGAGGAUCACCGCUAGGAGUUCCAAAUCCGAGAAGAAUCUUGAAUGGAAUUUCUGCCAGGAAGAAUCCCGGGAAGAACUCUGGUAGAAAACCCAGGAGUGACUCUGAAAGAACUUUUACGGGAAUCCCGUAAGGAGAACCAAGAUAAUCCCCACAAGACCUUCUGAGCGAGUCCAGGUACACCACAGAAAUUUGUUUGAAAAAUUCACAGAACGAAUUCUUCAAAGAUAUUCCAACAGGAAUCUACCCUAGAGGAAUUCAAGCAAUAUUUCCGGGAUUUCUGCACAGCUUUUCAACUCCCAGAUGAAUCUGUUUCUACCUAGAAAUCGUCAUUGUUUCCAGAAUUUCCAUCUUACUUCAAACAUCUGAUUUAUCUAGAGACCUUUCUUUUGCAUCACUAGCACGGUUAUUCAGAAUCCUUUUGUAGCUAUAGCUUGCUAAAUAUUAAUCAUGCGGAGGAUCUUGCUUUUUAUUCUCAAAACGUCAAAACUAUCCGUCUUACGGUCGCCAUGUUCUUCUUGUUAAUGUGAGUUCCCCACAUAGUUGAACCAGGAUUUCUGCCAUUUUCCUCAAGUAAUUGCAGGUAUUCCAAGAUAAAUUCCAGAGUAAAUCCCAAGAACUCUUGAAAAAAGUUCCGUGGCAAAUCUUGGGAAGAAUCUCAAGUAAUGUCUUACGAAGCACUUACGGAGUAAUAUCGGGACGAACAAUCGGAAAAUUCCAGGAGAUACUCCAAGUGAAAUACCGUGACGAAUUUUGGUAGGUUUCGGGAGGACUAUCAGAGGGAUCAUCGCAAGAAAUUCGGCAAAGAACUCUGAUGGUUAUCCUGGAAAGAAUGCCAUUAGAAAUAUAGGCUGUAACGGCUGCUGAUAUCCCAGGAAAAAACUUGGUUGAACGUACAAGAAACGAGAAAUCUGCAAGAACGAAAGCAACUCUGCAAGAACUUUUACAGAAUUGAUGGGUGGAGAUUUAGGAGAAGUUACGUGAGAACCUCUGAGAAAUAUCCCUGGGAUUUACUUAUAUGGAAAGAGGAAAUACCUUGAAAUUUCUUAUCUGAUUGAUCUGAGGACCUUUCUUUCGUUUCACUAGCACGGUUAUUCAGAUUUCUUUUUGAACGAGUGUGCUAGAGACUCAUCAUGCGGAGGAUCUUGCUACUUUUUAUUCAGACGGCUCAUCUUACGGUCGCCAUGUCCCUUAUGAGUUUUUGACUAAGCUUCGUAAUUGUCGGCAUCCCAAGAUAAAUUCCAGAGAAAAUCCCGAGAACUCUCGAAAGGAGGUCCGUGACCUUGAGGUCUUGAAAAGAACCCCAAGCAAUGGCUUACUAGGAACUUCAGGAGUAAUCUCGGGAUGAACUUCUGGAAAAUUCCCAGGGGAAACUCCAAGAGCCUUCCGGGGACGAACUCUGGUAGAUUCUGGGUGGACUCUCUCGAGGAUCACCACAAGAUGUUCCGCUAAGUACUCUGAUAGAAAUCCCGAAGAAUUUCCUUGAGAAAUAUUUGCUAAAACUCCUACCAAAAUCCCAGGAAAAACUUGGUAGAAAGUUCAAGAAAAAUUAUGGGGAAGAACUUUUACAGAAAUCAUGGAAGGGGAUCCAAGAGAAAUUCCGCGACAACCUCUGAGAAAUAUUCCUAGGAUAGAGUUAAUUAAAAGGGAAAUACUACGAAAAAUGAAGAGGAUAUUGCUACUUUCUAUUUAGACGACCCUUCUUGCGGUCGCCAUGUUCCUUAUGUUAAUGUGAGUACCUCACAGAGUUCCACCAGGGUUUCUCCCAAAGUGUUUCUCUCGUAAUCACAAGUAAUACCAGAGUAAACUCCGGGAAUUUCCUGACAAAUUUUGUAAAGAAUCUCGAGUAAUGUACUUACUACGUACUUACUAGGAACUACAGGUGUAAUCUUGAGAUGAAAUUUUGGAAAACUCCCAGGAGAAACUCCAAGUGAAAUCCCCGGACGAACUAUGGUAGAUUUCGGGACUCUCAGGAGGAACACUGCAAGAAAUUCCGCAAAGAACUUUGAAAUCCCUGGAAAAAAAAACUUGCUAAAAAGUCCUAGAAAAUCCCACGAUAGAUCUUGGCAGAAAUAGCGAGAGGAACUCUGGGUGAACUUACAGAAAUAUCUGGAGGAAAUUCAAGAGAAAUUCCCUGGGAUUAACUUGUAACUCUAGAGAAAUUUCUUAAAUAUCUUUGGAGUUUCUGAUCUGAUUAAUCUAGGAACCUUUAUUUGGUUAUACUUGCACAAUUAUUCGGAGUCCUUUUCGAACUAGCGUCCUUAAGACGAAUCAUGCGGAGGAUCUUUAUUUGGACGACCCAUCUCACGGUCGCCAUGUCCCUUAGUUGAAGAGAGUUCCUCACAGGAUUUCUCUCAAAGUUUCGCACAAUUGCUGGUAUCCCUAGACAAAUUCCAGAGUAAAUCCUGAGAAAAACCGGGAAAAAGUUUUAUGACGAACUUCGUGAGUAAUCUCAGAAUAAACUAUUGAAAAGAUCCCAGGAGAAACUUCAACAAGAAUCCUAGAACGGUAGGUUCCGAGGGGACUCUCAAGAGAAUCGCCGCAAAUUAUUCUGCAAGGAAUUCUGAAAGAAAUCUCGAAAAAGAUCCAAUGAGAAUCAUUAGCUGGAACUCCUGCUGAAAUCCCAGGAAAAACUUGGUAGAAAGUCUUAGAAGAAACACCAGAAAUAGUGGGAGAAAACCGGAAGGAACUCUGCAAGAACUGAAAUCUCGGGAGGGAAUCCAAGAGAAAUUCUGCUAGAACCACUGAAAAAUAUCCCGGGGAUUAACUUAUAUGGACAUGCAUAGAGAAACUGUAGGGAAAAUACCACGAUCAGGUUUGGAAGAAAUCACAGGACGAACUCCUGGAAGAAUUCCAACAGGAAUCUCUAGAGGAAUUUCAAAAAUGUUUCUGGAAUUUUCGGACACAUUAAAAACUCCUACAUUUGUCUGUUUCUACCAAGAAUUCGGCAUUCUUUUCGAAUUUCUAUCUCACUGGGAAAUUCUGAUUGAUAUAGGAACCUUUCUCUUGUUUCACUAGUAUGAUUUAUCCAGAUUCCUUUUGAAACUUGCUUACGGUCGUCAUGUUGAUCCGUCUUACGGUCGCCAUGUCGCUCCUACUAAUGCCAGCCUCAGAAAGCUCCAUAUCCACAAACGAUAUGCUUAUUUGGGUUAUUUGAGUUACCUAAACGCCAACCAUUUGGGUUGAUCAUCGAAUGACACUGACGUACAUUUUACUAAUUUUGUAUUUGCUGAUAUUGUUGUACAAUUUACCGAUAAAAAAACCAUGGUAUGUCGAUGAGCACGCAGGUGUCCGAAUAAACAUGGAAUAAAGGUGGGUGAAAUUUUGCAGUUUAUCAAUGAUAUACCACUUUUCAACUUACAGUGUCCCCAGAAAAUAUUCCAAUUGAAGAGCUUUCUAUGAAAAUUUAUCAAAAACUUAUUUAUUCUAUUCAAGGCUCAAGUGCCAUCAGGUAUGACGGAGCCGAAUUUGAUUCACUGGUUGCGUUGCUUUGUAAGUUUCGAUUUUCUUAGUUUUUUUUUUCUCUCUCAUUUCCAUUAUUUUUUUCGUUCACACACAACUUUUAUCCACUUAUCUAUUUAUCGUACGUUUUUCGUUUUCGUGCUUUUUAUACAUACAUUACACAACCCACACACAUGGAUACUAGAUUGUAAGAUAGUAUUGGUUCGCUGCGAGAAGAUUGAGAGAGGGAACGCGAUCGAAAGGCAAAAUGUUAGGUAAAUUUUAGAAAUUGUCCCUUUUUAAGUGAAAUAGCUACUAUUACUGAUGAUGAUGAUGAUGAUGGGUUUGGGUCUGUCAGUUGAUGAAUGCGCGAGCGACGAAUGAUUGAUGGUUGGACUGAUUGCGUCUACUAGUGGUAUAGUUUUCGCGCCGAGUAAGAGUGUUAUGCUGUUGUUUAGUAGUAAUACCAAUAAUUUAUAUGCGCAGAAGAACGGUAAGGAAAACAAGCACUUAAGCGAGUAGCAGUCUCUAAAUUUUUUGAUUCGAUAGAAUACACACAUGAAAUGCAAAACAAAAACCCAGACAACCCUAUGUAGAACUUCCCUUCCCUUCCCUCGUGAGAGAAAUUCAGAAAUCCCAACAAAAGUAAACAACAAAUCCACACAGAGGAUUUAAACACAGAAACAAAACAAAAAUCCAGAUGAACAGUUGUUAUCUAUUAAUCGUUUCACGUUUCGGAUUAAAACAAAAACAAAUGAACGUAAAUUGUAAGCAAAAUAUAACAAAAAAAAAGAUGUAUAAAUAGCAAACAAAAUCAGAACAAUUAUUCACAAAACAAACAAAAAAAACCUAGAUAAUGUUAUAUUUGAAAUCAAAUGUAGUGAAACAAACAAACAAAAACAAACUAGAAGCAUUAACUUACUCAUUGCGAUACACAGAGACAGGCUGCAAUCCCGGGAAAUAGACAAAGCGGAAAACACUAGUGAUGACAGAUAGACACAUACACAGAAAGAAAGAGUAACAAAAUAUGAAUUAGAGAACUGAACAGAACAGUACGGGAGAGGGCAUCUUAAAGAUCUGAAUUCGAUUGAGCAUACACGUAAAAUAUUUGAGUAAAAAGAUAAGGGCUUACACUGACUAAAGGAAGGAAGAUGUGUUCAACGCUGGCUUUGAAACGAUUGCAAUUAGAAAUUGUGGCUGGGUUUGUGGGAAGUGAGGAAUGCAUUGAAGGAUGAUACUUUUGUUGGGAUGUAAAGUGAAAGUGAACCGUACAGUAGUUGACAAGUGUAGAAAGAUGGAAGCAGAAGUAAGAAAAAAAUAUAUGAAGAAAUGUAUUCGAUUCGAACAGAGUUGUAAAGUGA